GCAUGCGGCCUGUGCGGCACAAGUUUAUGACGGCGACGGCUCGCGACUUCGGCCCCCGGGCGCGGUCAGUGGAUCCGCGCCUCCGAGCGACGCGCGACGCUGCGGCCGCCUCCCUGGCCCGCGAGACUCCUCCGGACGCGCCACCUCUCUCUACCGUAUUUCCCCUCUUCCUCCUCCGCGUGUGAACGCGAUAUGGAGCCGGUGUGACGGCCGGCGUGCCGUUCGGGUCCAUGGCGCUCUCGGCCCACGACACCGCCGCCCCCUCCAACUCCCCUUGGCCCGUCGGCGGCGGAGUCCUUGUCGCGAAAGGCCAGGUGGCGUCGGCGUCUGCGGCAGCGGCGCUCUCAGACCGCAUGUUCGAUGACGUCCUCCACACCGGCGAUGACGACGGCGAUGUUGACGGAGACGGCUGGAGCAGCCCCGGCAGCAGUGACUGCACCAGCCUGGAGUCGGUCUGGAGCGGCGCCGGCGGCACGCAGGGGGCGGACGGCCCCGGGGUGAACGUGGACAAGCUCAAGAUGGUCAACUCGACGGCGCAGAUCGGCAACAUCAACAACUACAAGGGCCCCGUGACCGUGGUCGUGACCAACGAGGCGAACAACGUCGGCUGCGUGAGCAUGCCCGCGGUCCUGUCACCCGGCGGCGGCCUGGUGCUCAGCGCCGGGACCCUGGAGCACGUCGUCUCACAGGAGCAGCUUCUUGGCCCGACCAACACCGGCAGCGCACCAACAACCCCGGCCGCCGAGACGAACCGUGCCUUGAAGAAGUUCCUACGCUGGCCGUGCGUGACUGUGCCGGUCACCAUGCUCGUCGCCGCCCUUGGUCUGGUGGUCACUGUCGUGCUUGUGAGCCUCCCGAGGGCCGACGGGAUAAUCGAACUGAAAAACGGGGUGAAACUGGCAAAGAGAUCUUUCUGGCAUGCACGAAACCCCAAAAAACCGGCCGAUAUCUUGCGCACUCCUGUUGAUAUAGUUAUCAUCAACCACUCGGGAACGGAAUUCUGCUUCGACGCACAAGAAUGCAUAGACCGGAUAAGUAUGAUACAGUCGUACAACAUGGACAGCGUGAACCGCAGCUGGGACGACAUCGCCUACAACUACAUGAUCGGUGGCGACGGCGUGACCUACGAGGGCCGCGGCUGGGACGCGGUCGGCGCGCACGUCCAGGGCUGGAACACCAAGUCCCUGGGCGUGGGCAUCAUAGGCAACUUCACGUGGCAGACGCCGACCGACGUGCAGCGGGACCAGCUGAAGAAGUUUCUGGCGUGGGGCGUGGAGCUGGGCAAGGUGCGGAGGGACUACAAGCUGGCGGGCGCGUGCCAGCUCCACGCCUCGGACAGCCCCGGGCGUCGAUUCAUGGACGAGCUGCGGACGUGGCCCCACUGGUGGGACUACAUGUUCAAGGAAAAUGCGUGCUCAGGAGGCUCGGCUGUGUUCUUAUGAAAAACACGACUAUGAGACACAGGACUGUCUAUAAAGAGCGAUAAAGAGUCCUCCCCUGAAAAACUUGUCAAGACAUAAAGUAGUGGCACAGUGGCGUUGCCAAGUGCACGCCUCACGCGACAGGGGCCGACAGAAGACUGACGGCGAAAACUACGAAAUGUGUGAGAAAGUUUGUGUAUGUGAUAAAAUAAACGCGGUAUGAGGAAAUCGGA